AUGGGGGAGAGAGCCAGAAGUCCAGAUAGCGAUCAAGAGAGAAAAGCUGGCAAGCACAGUUACUCUCGCUAUUCAUCUGACUUUGGGUCCUCACCACAGUCUUCUGGCCAUUCAUCACCCGUCAAUCCACCUUCUUGUCCAGCUACUAAGGGGAAGAAUCCCAAAAGACAGUUUUCAGACAACCCGGUAUAUCACCAAGCCCAUAGGAAAAUUAGCCCUAAGGCUGUACCCAGCAAAAAGGGAACCCGAGUGGGAUUUCGGUCCCAAAGCCUCAACAGAGAGGCUCUUCGGAGAGAUCCCGAUAUCGUGACAAAGAGGGUCCUUUCUGCGAGGCUUCUGAAAAUCAAUGAGCUGCAGAACGAAGUGUCUGAACUGCAGGUCAAGCUAUCCCAGCUGCUCAAAGAAAACAAGGCUUUGAAAAGUCUCCAGUUUCGUCAGGAGAAAGCGUUGAAUAAGUUUGAAGAUGCAGAGAGUGAAAUCUCUCAACUUAUACAGCGUCAUAACAAUGAGAUCACUGCGCUCAAAGAACGCUUGAGAAAAUCUCAAGAGAAAGAACGGGCAACAGAGAAAAGGGUGAAAGACACAGAAGGCGAACUAUUUAGGACCAAGUUUUCCUUACAGAAACUGAAAAAGAUCUCCGAGGCUAGACACCUCCCAGAACGAGAUGAUCUGGCCAAGAAACUGGUUACGGCUGAGUUAAAAUUAGAUGACACCGAGAGAAAAAUUAAGGAACUAUCAAAAAACCUCGAACUAAGCACCAACAGUUUCCAGCGGCAGUUGCUUGCGGAAAGGAAAAGGGCAUUUGAGGCUUAUGAUGAAAAUAAACUUCUUCAAAAGGAGCUGCAGCGGCUCUAUCACAAGCUGAAGGAAAAGGAGAGAGAAUUGGAUAUAAAAAACAUAUACUCUAAUCGUCUGCCGAAGUCCUCUCCAAAGAAAGAUAAAGAAGUUGUUGCAAGAAAAAAUGUAUCGUGCCAGAGUGACUUUACCGACCUGUGCACAAAGGGAGUGCAGACCACUGAUGACUCUGAGCUGGAGGAAUUCCCUGUCACGCCACAGACUGUCCUGUGUUAUGAGAACAAAUGGGACGGACCAGAAUCUCUUUCUUCGUACCUAGAGUACCAAGAGCGAAAUGAGCGUGGAGCAGAGAUCCUAAACCCGGUUUUGGCAAAAGAAGAAAGAUGCAGUGAAGAUCAGGAAGGAUGCUCUGGCAAACAGGAGGCGGGGAAGCCUGAGAGGGAAUGGGAAAGAGAAGAAUUUGAUAAAGUGAAAGGUAAGACAUCUUUACUAGGAAAAGCAGAGAAGCCAGUGCUGGAGACUGGAAAGUUUCAAGGAGAAACGUAUCAAACUCAGAAUGCUGAUAAACUCGAAGACGAGGCAGAAAAACUAAAGACAGAAAUGCUUCUUGCCAAACUGAACGAGAUCAACAGAGAACUCCAAGAACCUCAGAACCUUAACCGGCCCCCUUUGCCAUUGCUACCUAACUUUGAAUCAAAAUUGCACUCUCCAGACAGAAGCCCCAAAUCGUACACAUUCUCUGAGUCUUCAGACAGAUCAUUUAAUGGACAUCACUUGUCAGACAUGAGUUUUUUAACUCCCAGAGGAGAAGGCCGGAGUCCAGGACCAAUUCGGAGUCCAGGACUAAUUGGAAGCCCAGCCCCUCCAGAUGAGUUUGCAUUUGGUAGCUAUGUGCCUUCAUUUGCAAAAAUGUCAGGAAAGUCAAAUCCACUUAGCCAAAAAAGUACCCUUUUAGAUUUUCAAAAUAACAGUUUAGAAAGCCUAGGUAAAAACAGUGUAGAUUUAAUUUUGAGAAGAGAGAAAAAAGCGAACCUAAUGGAGGAGCUGUUUGGCCCCAGCACCAGCAGCACCACCCUUUCUUCCAAGAGCGGUGAGACACAUUUUCCGGCUACCGGCAGAGGAGACUUGGACUCUCUUAAUUUCCCCUCUGGGGAUAAAAGCAGCAGAGUUCAGGAGACUGAUGAUGAAGAUGAAGACUUUUUCCUCAGUGAAGGAAGAAGUUUUAAUCCCAACAGACAGCGGCUGAAGCACACAAGCAAUAAGCCAACAGUCACAGCUGUUGACUCUGUUGACGAGGACAUUGAAGAGGUCACACUCAGAUGACUGACUGGAGCACACAGAGUAUAUGUGUAUAUAUUUUUUAAAUUGUAAAUAUUAAAAUAUUUUAAUACAGUAUUUAUUAUAAAAACUUAAAUUUCUAAUGGUAAAAUAGACUUAUUAGGGAGUAGUUCUUAGCAACUAAAUACAGCACAAUUGAACAAAUAGCGCCAUACCACGUGACCGUGUUGCUAAGAAUGCUGUUUCUGUUUUGAAAUGAACUGAAAGGAGAGUUGCUGCUUCCUUUCUUUCUGUUUUUACAACUGGUCUCACUUACUGAGCUGGCCCUGUGGGAAGCUUUACUUCACUAGAAUCUUUCUCAUUUCCUACUUUUACCUCUAUUUAUUUUUGAUCAAAUCUCGCUGAGCCUAAGUAUUGUCUUCCCACUUAUGGUUAAAUGGAAAUUAAGGGUUUCCAGUGAAGACCCCAGUUAGCAAAGAGCAAUGGGACUUGGGAGCUGUAGCCUAGUUUGAGGUGACAAAGCCAAGCUACUCCCGAGUGGUGGUGGCAAUAACCUUAGGACUUCCUCUGGAGUUUGGGGUAUUUACCGAGGUAUGCACUGGGGAGCCUAAAGCACUCAGUGCUGCUCAGCUGGCCACUUAGGUGGGUCACGGAAGGCAUUUUUGCCCUACGCGGUGCCCUGUGUGGCUCCAGGAGGCUUAGGCACAAUGCCAUUCCUCUCCUUUUGUACACUCUGAACUCUGGUGGCUGCUGGAAGAUUCCCUACCAAACACAGGAAGGAGAAGAAACAUCAGUACAACACAGAAUGAUUUUCAGCUUAAUUAUGUUUCCAGAGUCCUGGUUUUGGAAAUUGUAAUAAAUAAUUUUAAGAUUUGAACUUGUACUCAAACUCAGCAGACAGAAGUGUGAUAGUCUUGGGUUUACAGGACUGAUGUUGAUGCCACCAUGGGUAGAGGUGUUUGGCAUCAGGGCACCUGCUGCGCAGAGUGGACGUGAUAGUCUUCCGUAGAAAGGCGCGGUUUCCUUACACGCAGUUCAAGACAGAUACAGAGGCGGAUGCUGAACAGGCCUGCCCUGCUGCAGCAGUGCUAGAUCAGCCAAGGAGAAACACUGUGUAUAACGGAGUGACGGAGCAGUAUGACCAUUUGUUCAUGGCGUGGGUCGUAUGGUCGUCCAGGCAUUCAUGCUGACUAGGAGCGGGAGUUCCCAUGGUAUCUGGGGUUCUUCUGAAUGCUGACUUGGGAAUACUGCUUGAUAUUUGAUAAGUCAUUACCUGGUUAGGCCUCUCAUUCACAGCUGCACUGCCUGUCACCUCCUGAACCAGCUUC